AUGCUGCUGACGGGCCGCAGCGGCGCCGGCACCGUCCUGGAGCAGGGGACUGAGCUGGUGAUCGUAUCGGUGAUCUUCCUCGCCUUCGAGCGCGCGUGCGACCAUAUGACGUCACCGGGCCAGCUGCUGCUGCGCCAGCUGGGCGAUGGCCCGUUGCACGAUCGGGCGUCGCUGGAGCGGCUGCUGGCCGGCGCCAUCUUCGGCACGCGGCUGACGUACCUCAUCAGCGGCGCCAAGGCCGACCUGGACGACCAGGCCGAGUGUUUGCAGUCGGCCGAGUACCUGCUGCGGCACGCGGCGCGCGCCGACCUCCGGCUCACCGUCAACUACGACGACCGGCGUCGGCCCGGCUGGGAGCGCACCCACCGCGCCGUUGACCUGCCGCUGCUGUCGUUUGACCUAGUGCCGCCGCUACAUGCGGCCGUGGGACGGCAGGAGCCGCAGGCGGUGAUUCUCUUCCUGCGGCUAGGCGCGCGGCUCGACUUUGUGCCCGUGGCUGGCGGCAGUGCACUGCACGCGCCAUUGUCCCACCUCUGCCACCAGUUAAACGCCGAGGCGGAGGAGCACGCGCUGACCGAGCUGGCUGAGGACUGA